AUGGAGAGUUAUGGCAUAAUAUACUGGUGGGCCAGUACUGACGGCACAGAAUCUCCAAUUCUUGCAGAAGCCGAUGCUGAUGGACAUGAUAAACCACGAGUGCGAUAUGGUGAAUUAGUUAUAUUGGGUUAUAAUGGUUAUUUACCACAAGGCGAUCGUGGACGAAGACGUUCAAAAUUUGUACUCUAUAAACGCACAGAACCAAAUGGUGUUAAACGUUCCAAACAUUACAUCGUACAGUCACCACAAACAUCGAAAGCUAUUUUGGAUGCCAAUCAACACUCGAUAUCAUAUACACUUUCACGGAAUCAGGCUGUAAUUGUUGAAUAUAAAGAAGACUCAGAAACGGAUAUGUUUCAGGUUGGACGCUCGUCAGAAUCACCAAUUGACUUUGUUGUAAUGGAUACGCUACCCGGUGAUAAAAAAGAUGCUAAAGUCAUGCAGAGUACAAUAUCGCGUUUUGCAUGUCGUAUUUUGGUUAACAGAUGUGAAGCAUCAAAAGCAAGAAUAUUCGCAGCUGGAUUUGAUUCAAGUAGAAAUAUAUUUUUGGGUGAGAAGGCAACUAAAUGGCAAGACAAUGUAGAAAUUGAUGGUCUAACAACAAAUGGUGUGCUAAUAAUGCAUCCGAAAGGUCAAUUUUGCGGUGGUAAUGCUAAGUGUGGUCUAUGGCGUGAGUGUUCUGUGGGUGGUGAUGUGUUCAGUUUGCGUGAGUCAAGAUCGGCACAACAAAAGGGUCAACCGAUAUACGAUGAAUCGAAUGUACUGCAAGACGGUACUUUAAUAGAUUUAUGUGGUGCUACAUUAUUAUGGCGUUCUGCAGAGGGUUUACAACAUUCACCGACAAAACGUGAUUUAGAAAAAUUGAUUGAUGAAAUUAAUGCUGGUCGUCCACAGUGUCCUGUUGGUUUGAAUACUUUAGUUAUACCUAGAAAAGUGAAUAUUGGUGAUCAAAUAAAUCAACCUUAUGUGUACUUAAAUUGUGGACAUGUACAGGGUCAUCAUGAUUGGGGACAGGAUAAAAGUACAGGUGCACGUCGUUGUCCAAUGUGCCUAGAAGUUGGUCCUGUUGUUACAUUAUGCAUGGGUCUUGAACCUGCAUUUUAUGUUGAUGUGGGUGCUCCUACAUUUGCAUUUAAUCCAUGUGGUCACAUGGCGACUGAAAAAACUGUCAAAUAUUGGGCUAAUGUUGAUAUACCACAUGGUACAAAUGGCUUUCAGGCAGUUUGUCCAUUUUGUGCGACGCCACUUGAUGGUUCUUCUGGUUAUAUCAAAUUAAUAUUUCAGGAUAAUUUAGAUUAAAUAUAUUAGGUCUUU